AUGACGCAGGAUGCAACGAUGGAGGGCGUCGUCCAGGAAGCAAUUUCGAUUCCCAUCGCUGACGAAAACAUACUGCCUGACUCCGCGCAUCUCAAUGACACGACUGCUGCCUCCAUGGAAGGGACAGAUCAAAUCAUGACGAAUAUCAGUGAGAAUGCAACACCCGACGAGGACUGGAGGGCUUCAGUAGACUUCGACGUCCCCGAUUCCACGCAGGCGCGCAUCACAGACCUUCCAAAAAUUCAAAGUCUCUAUGAUGCGUAUCACACCGCCUACACAGACUCAGCUAUUACAAACGCCACGCGUAUGAGGCAUGCCAAAGCCCUUGCUUUCGUCCUUCUCAAGCACUACUACCCUUCGCAAGAUUAUGUCAUCGAACCAAGCGCUCUGGGCCCAGUCGCAAAACGCCAGAUGAACUUCAUAAAGGUUGCAGAUGAUGGAUCGGACGUGUGGCAAGAUCUCCCUGCUAAGAAACCGGCCAAGAAGGGUAAAAAGAAGGGCAGUCUCACUAAGAAGCAGAAGGAAGCCGCCGAGAUCGUCGCAAAGACGGACGAAUACAAUCACGGCUUGCGUUAUGUUUCCAACCUACAGUGGGUCCGAAUCGAGCCUGAGGACAUUGCCGGCUUCGUCGUUCUACGCAAGGUCAAGAACACAGACAAGGAAACUGGUAUUGGCAAAGACGAGUACCGUCCACACACUUACCUCGCCAUCAUGAUCGAUAACUUUGAUGAACUGCCGCGCUUCUCCACAGCAAAUACCACGCACCGCAGCGAUGUCCUCGCCGAUGCGCUUUGCAUGGGAUCAAAGAUCCGAGACGGCUACGGUAUCCUCCUCUACGGCGCCCGUAUUGAGUUCUACCGCUACGAGCCCGGUACAGAUUGGACUUACUACGAGAGUGACGAUGACACCGCGAGCAGGACUCUCGCGGAUGGAACCUUCGACGAUGACGUCCAAGACAUUGAGCCUGCUAUGCUGCCGGUUUCGGAUGAGGAUGGAACCGAGGUCUUGGCGAUGGACAUGCGCACCACGAGUUUACCAGCGGUAGAUGAGGGUUUCAAAAGGAUUGCCACGAUGAAAGUCACGUACGUAGAUGACGUCGUAGACGUUGCAGUCAAGCAGCCCAGCUACAGGUGA